GAGAGAUUUCUUUGCCUGUGCACCUGUUCUCAUCUGAUAUAACCUAAGCAUAAGAGCGAAACCAAAGGGGAGAAAUGGGGCUGCAUUUAAAAAUCACAGCAAGUCUCCUUCUGCUUGUUCAGGCCUUUCACCUGGCAGCGCUCCAAGAUUCAACCGACUCUCCGGGGCGUACAAUUGAUAAAAGUUGGCUCCGUGAUCUUGCCAAAAAUCUUGCCGGAGGUCAAAUCACUGCAGCUGAAGAGGAAAGAGAAAAUGAUCAGGGAGCUGUUACUGAUAUGGAGUCAACUAAUGAUUACAGCAGUGGGAUAGCAUCCGGCUCCAUGGUAAUAUAUAACGAAAGAGAGGAGAAUGAAACCAGUCAAGAGAAGAGUGCAAAUAAAACAUCCGAUGAUCUGGGUGUUGUCAUGACCACCGAGCCUCCCACAUUCCCAAAUGUUACAACCAAACAACCUGAAUUGACUAAUACCACUGCGAGUACAGAUUCCACAAACUCAAGCCAAACUAACAUGACAGAGACCGAAGAGGAAUUUCAUAACUCAACAGCAACUCCUCAAAACGCCACCACUCAUCUGAUUGCACAAAACUCCACCAGCUUUCCAGAUGCUUCCAAUCGCACUGAUUUACAGACGACAACCAUGGCUCCGGAGAGAAACGUUACACAAGAAGUCACGACAAAAUCUGAAGAAGAUACACGUUUAACCAACACAACAAUGAAUGUUACAUCCACAGCAGCACCUGAUAUAAACAAGACAGCCACCAACUCUUCAUCUACAACCGUGUUCCCUUCUGAGACCACAGAAAUUAUCCCCGAGACUCCGACUGCUGCUGCUCCGAACACACCUGAGAAGGCCAACCUGACAGACAAAAAUGCAGCCUCGGGGAGCAACUCAGAAAGAGGUUUGGCAUCAGAUUCCCAAAAGAGUAAAAGGCACGGAGCUUGGGGGGCUGUGCUGGGAGUAGCAGUGGCUGUGGUCUUUGUGGGACUGGUGGCCUACAUCAUCCUGAAAAAGAAACACCAGAAGGGUUUCUCGCACAGGAAACUGGUUGAGGAGUUCCCUUCAGAUCCAGUUCUCAGAUUAGACAACAACGAGCCUUUGGACUUGAACUUUGGUGGUUCAGCCUAUUACAACCCAGGACUCCAAGGAGACAACAUCCAAAUGAACAACUUUCCAGGGCGCCACAGAAACUGAAAAGACUCCAAGACCAAAGUCAUGCACUCCCUUGAAAGAAGGUCUGCCAUUAUGCUUACUGGCAUUUGAUAGACAACAUCUGUUGUGUGGAGUUUUGUAUAUAAGACUGUGUAAAUGUGACAUCUGUUGAUGAAAAAUUACAAAAGAAUUUGUAGGUCUGAUGUCAGCCACCACAAAUUAUACUAAGGUGAGAUUCUGCACUGUGUUGAAUAGAUUUAUUGUGUUAAAAUGAAAGGGAUCACUGAAGGCAAUCUAUCUGAAGUACACUGCAACAGCCAAAAUUAACUGUCAGCCAUUUAUGUUUGUUGCCAAAGUGAAUUAAAUGAAGUCUUUUGUAAUGGAGAAUAUGCUUUGCACUCAAUGAAGGAUGUUUAAAAAUGAAUAUUUGUUAUAAUGUUUUGUUUGAUUUUUAACACCUUUUUUGUCAAAAGUCUUCUAAAGUUAAAAGACAAGCAAAACAAAGAAAUUAGCAUAUAAGCAGACCAGCUAGGAUAAAUAAACCCAAUGUGACUGUUUUACUGCAGCAUAAAUAACACUACACAGCUGGCCCUUUGAGGCCUUUUCAACAAAAUCAGAAGCCAUUGUGAACAAUAACAUUAUCCAUAUCAACAAUAACCUGGUGUGUUGGCUUGUGGGAGGCAAUAAGAAGUUAAAUUUAAACUGUGCGUUCAGCUAUUCCACAGUCACAGCCAGAGUUGGAGAAUUGAACCGUCAAACCAAAGACUUUGAGAGUUUGUUUUUCUACACCAGCAAGGGAGGUGGUGGGAGGCCGGGUGCUGUUUUGUUAUUCAUAGACUGAGGUUUUGGUAUUCAGGAAGGGAGUUGUGUAUUUGGUCUUACGACUACUCAGUAGCAACAACUAUAUCAUCGUAAUAUACUGCUUAAAUCUUCUGACCUCCAGGUGUCCAAACAGAGAUUUGAUUUUUUCGUAGUGACAGUGUGCACCUCAGAGACUUAUAUAGCGUUUACCUGCUGCAUACCUAGAGCAAAAUUAGAGCAUAUCUACUGCUAAAAUUUUUUUUUUUUUAAAUUUAUAUUUUUAUUGUUAUACUCCUGAGUUUGCUUUGACUUUGAGUCACAACCUUCAGCAGGAAAAGUGUACCUUAUGUGACGGAUACAUGUUUGUUGGGCAAGAAGGGAAUAGGCAGGGAUCUUCCUAUUGUGUGUUUUUGUAAUGGAAUCUAACAAUAUUUCUUAAUGAUAAAUUUGGGCUUCCUUUUCUUUAUUACAAGAAAAAAAAACAAAUACGUGACAAAAAUACAUUCAGAUACAUCUUCUCAGUUCCCUCAAUCCUUUCACUCCUCAUUAACUGCCUGCACUCGAUCAAUAUGCUCCCUGAUUAUGAUUGAUAUGUGCCUGCAUGGACCAAACAGCCAACAAUAACUCAGAGAUGUGUGAUUUCUUUGGUGUGGUUGGAUGGUUCGACAGCAGGCAGGGCAGGUCUGAUUCCUUCCUUGCUCUAAUUUCAGACAUCAAUCAGUGCAAGGGGCGUUUUGUCUGACUGAGAGAUAGGAGUUAUGUGUCUCAGUGUUAACGAAUCGCAGUGAUUACUGCAGUAAUAAUGCAGGGCAGACGGAUAAUGGGAGACUUCUACAUUGGUUAGAAAUGCUUGUAAAAUGUAAUGAAACUUGAUGAUGCCUUAAUAA